AAACAUAUUCUGCUUGCGAAUCGAGCCCUUGUGGUGAUCAGUACUCAACAACAAACGGUCGAGUGUCAGAUGUCUCGAACUGGGCCAAAACGACAGUGUGCCUCCCAUUCGAAACCACAGAGAUUAACCUCUCCCUGCUGCCUUCUACGUUUGCCUACGGAGCUCUUGAUAUUUACAGCAAAAUCGACUGCACAUCCUGGAGACAUCUUAUCGUUGGCGUAUACAUGUAAACAGCUAUACCAACUCCUUGCCCAUAAAAACUCUGAAUACAUAUGGAAAUAUGCUAGGGAGCACAUGAUGCUGGUCAUAGAUCUGGCUAUCAAAUUACCAAGCGAGUACGGCUCAAAUGCUGAUUCCUUCGCCGAGUAUGUCGACGCUGAUUGGAAGCAUUGGCCUAUCCCUCCUCCUCUUCCGGGACAAACCGAGAUCUGUCUGGCACAGCUUCUCUUUGGUCGAAAGACGUGUCCCUAUUGUAAGAAGGAGCACCGGGAUAUUCCUCAAGAUCUCGUCCUAGGCAUCACUCUCU